GACGUAAUGUGGGCAACGUGGGAUGGAACGGAAGCCUGGAAGGGUCAUACCGUAGCGACGCGGGAAGUCCGGACGCGGCAGCUGCCUGAAGAAGAGGCCGGAGGCUGAAGCAGCUUCGGUCCCGGCCGUGGCAAUGGCGGAGAGGCCAGAGGACUUAAACCUGCCCAAUGCUGUCAUCACCAGGAUCAUUAAAGAGGCGCUCCCGGACGGUGUCAACAUCUCCAAGGAGGCCCGGAGCGCCAUCUCCCGCGCCGCCAGUGUCUUCGUGCUGUACGCCACAUCCUGUGCCAACAACUUUGCAAUGAAAGGGAAGCGCAAGACGCUCAAUGCCAGUGAUGUGCUCUCAGCCAUGGAAGAGAUGGAGUUCCAGCGGUUCAUUACCCCCUUAAAAGAAGCUCUGGAAGCUUAUAGGCGGGAACAGAAAGGUAAGAAGGAAGCUUCAGAGCAAAAGAAGAAGGACAAAGAUAAAAAAACAGACUCAGAAGAGCAAGACAGGAGCAGGGAUGAGGACAAUGAAGAAGAUGAGGAAAGACUGGAAGAAGAAGAACAGAACGAAGAAGAGGACGUAGAUAAUUGAAUAGGGAGGGUAGGUCAUGGCUCUGUGGAAGCUACCACACUGAAAUGUGGAACAUGUUUAUGCAAAGCUUUUCCCUGCUGAGCAGAGCAGGCAAAGUUUGAUGUUUGCCUGAGAAGAUCAAAAUAAAAACUGACUAGAAUUAUCAUCAAAACCAGCACUUUCCAGACUCAGAGCAUCUGAGUGACAGAAUUCUGUUUUGCUUAAUCAGUCUGAAGGUUAUGACUUUUUUUAAGGGAUUCUGAAUGGCUAAUUUGUCGAAUUAAUAUAUCUUGUUUACUUACAUGUACRGCUAGGUAGUUUUUGAUCCCAAGUCUCUUUGCCUCUCCACAAAAGUAAUAACUUCCAUGCUGCCUGCCAUGUUCCAUAUUACAGAGGCAGU